AUCUUUUCUAUUAUUCUUUUUUUUUUUUUUUAAUCUUUUCUAUUAUUCCUUUUUUUUCUCUAGCACUUCUUUUCCUCCUUCCUGCUUCUCUGAUGGACCCUUUGACCUUCAUCUCCUCUGUUUCCUCCUUUUGUAGAACCAGUGUCCACAGCAGGAUCCUAGACUCUCUGCAGACUUGACGCUGCCGUCGUCUCCAUCAUGGCUGGUCAGCAGUUUACCAACAAGCUUCAGGAGGAGGUGAUCUGCCCCAUCUGCAUGGAUAUCCUGCAGGACCCUGCUACCAUCGACUGUGGGCACAGUUUCUGCCUCCAAUGCAUCAUGCGGAGCAGGGAAGGAUUGGACAGCGUUAUUAAAUGUCCCCUCUGCAACAAAAUUGUGAAGAGGGACACGAUAAGGCCCAACUGGCUGUUGGUGAAUCUGGUGGAGAAAAUCCAAGCUAUGGAUCCCUCCGAGGAACAGCCAGAAGUGAAAGAGCUGAAGUGUCCGAAGCACGGGGAGAGGUUUCAUUACUUCUGUGAGUCCGAUGGGAAGGUCCUCUGUGUGGCGUGUUGUGGAUCCAAGGACCACAAAUUCCACAACACAAUUUUGCUAGAAGAAGCUGCCCAGAGUUUUCAGGGGCAGAUUCAAUCACAGGUGGAGGCCCUGCUGCAAAAGGAGAGGGCGAUCGUUCAAAUGAAGUUACAAGGUGACCAGAGGAUCACUACCUUGAUGGCCCAGGUCGAACAGGAGAAGCAAAAGAUCAGCACGGUAUUCGAACAGCUGCUUCAGGCGUUGAAGGAGGAGAAGAACUUCCUCCUGUCUCGGAUCAACUGGCUGGAUCAGGAGCUGACCAAGGACAGGAACUCCUACCUCGCUUCCGCCGAGGCGCAGCUGCAGUCUCUCAGGAAGCUUAAGGAUUCCCUGAAGGCCAGGCAGCUUCUGCCGCCCAGAGAGAUGCUCCAGGACAUCAAACCUGUCUUGAGCAGGAGUGCAGGAUUUAGAUUUCUCAGCCCACCUCCUGUUUCAGCGGACCUGGAGAAAAAACUCAACGAAACCAAAUUACGGCAUGAAUCCCUUAUAGAGAGCCUAAAGAAAUUCCAAGACAAAUGCCAGGCUGAUGGCAAGAAAGAUAAAAGCAGAUUUCUCAAAGGCCUGGAUAAGCACUAUAUAAAGAGCUGGUACCUGUUAGAGAAAAGCAAUCCUACACCGAUGGAAACUUUGGAGCCUGACCGGAACAGGACAAGAGCUGACACCAAGUUCCUAAAAAGCAACUUAAGCCCCCACUACCAAAAUGACAGAAACGCUAAACCACUACCGCCAAAGCUCAAACUAUCACCUUCACUGCCCAACCUGUUCCGGAGCCGAAGCCGGGCCUCUAUUGCCUCAUUUGUUUUCUAUUCAAACGAAGACAGCUCUGAAGACCCGGGAAGCCCUGGAGCUGCGUGGACUGAAGAGCUCAAGGCGGCGCUGACCCCAGUGACCCUGGAUGCGGCCUCGGCUCAUCCGGACCUCAUCAUUUCCCAGGAUCUGAAGACAGUGACGCUGGACCCUGUUCCUCAAAGUCGCUGUGCUGAACCCACUGACCCUGCUCGCUUCCAUCCAUUCCGCUGUGUUCUGGGCUUGCCAGGCCUCUCCUCGGGCUGCCAGACCUGGGAGGCGGAGCUUGAAGGGCCUGAAGGCGGGGGCUGCUUGGUGGGCGUGGCCUCGGAGCUGGUAACGCGGAGGGGCCCCCUGAUGAUCGAACCCUUGACUGGCUUCUGGGUGCUGCGCAUUGUGGGUUUCGACUGCCAGGCGCUCACCGAGGGUGGCACCCGGGAGGAACUCUCAGUCCGUCCCAGGAAAGUGGGGAUCCACGUGAAUCACGAGGGCGGAGAAGUCGUCUUCUACGACUCCAUCACAAGCAGCCGCAUCUACACCUUCCACACCUCCUUUCCAGGGCAGGUCUUACCCUUUUUCCGGCUUCUUUUUCCGGGCACCCAGAUCACCCUGAGUCCCUAGAGUUCUUUUGCCUUCCUCUCGGUCUCCUCCCCGUUACCCCCUCGCUUUGGGAUGCGCUGUAGCUGGUAUGUAGGGUUGAAGCUAGACUUCCAGGAGCCCUUUGCAUACUUCAUGCUCCCUAAUCCAGGCCUGUUGCCUCUGAUCCCGCUUUAAAUUUUCCUUUGGUCUUUCAGUCCCCCUUUCCCCCCAACAUGCCUAGGUUGAAAAGAAAGUUUCAAAUACACGACAAAACUCCACACAAGACUAUUUAUUGUAGCACUUUUGUAACAGGACAAGACUGCAAACAACUCAAAUGUAAGUCACUAGGGGAUGGUUGAAAACUGCACAGAGAAAGCAUCCAGCUGCAUCCUGGUUGAGAUGCAGAUACAGGGGACGGGACAACUGACUUUGGGGCAGCUGUCUCCUCCUCCACUUCAUUCCCAGAAGCUCCUGGGUGUGUGUAUGGGCUUGGCCCAUCUGGGCAUUAUCGUGGGAUCUGAAAAACGGGAUGCCGAUGGCCAAAAACCACGGAAAGAUGCUUGACAUCACUAAUUAUUAGAGAAAUGCAAGUCAAAGCUACAAUGAGGUACCACCUCACACCAGUCAGAGUGGCCAUCAUCAAAAAGUCUACAAACAAUAAAUGCUGGAGAAAAGGGGACCCUUUACACUGUUGGUGGGAAUGUAAACUGGUGCAUCUACUAUGAAUAGCAGUAUGGAGGUUCCUUAAAGAAACAAACUAUAAAACUACCAAAUGACCCUGCAAUCCCACUCCUGGCAUAUAUCAUGCUGGACCAUGGAUAUUGUCUCCCCAGGCAGUUCAGCCUGGCCUGCCCUCUUGCCUUCUACCCACUUUGCAAAUGAAGACUCUCUAUGUAUUAUUACAGGAUGAUGUCUAGGACAUAAGUGAAAAAAGCAAGGUAGACAGCAGUGCCCACAGUAUGCUACAUUUUACCUAAGAAAAGGGAAAUGUACAUAUACCUUUUUUGCCUAUACUUGUUUUUUAAGUAGGAGGAUAAACCAAAACCUAACAAAAACAGUUACCCAAGGGGAGAAAGGAAAACCGGGUGGAAGGAAUGAGAGUCUUUUAUUUUUUUAUCUUUUUUUGCUUUUUUCGAGGGGGGGGCACACCCCUGUAAGUUCCCAGGCUAGCGGUCUAAUCAGAGCGGAUGUGAGCCGCAUCUGCCACAGCUCAAGGCAACGCUGGAUCCUUAACCCACUGAGAAGGCCAGGGAUCAAAUCCACAUCCUCAUGGAUCCUAGCCAGGUUCUUUAACUGCUGAGCUGUGAAGGGAACUCCUAAUCUUUUCUACAUGUACCUUGUUUUGUAUAUUUGGCUUUGGAAUCAUGUAAAUAUUUUUAUAUUGUUAUCAAACAAAAUUAAAUUAAGACAAAAAAAUGAAAUGGUAUAUGUAGUUGGUAGCUUAAAUACUCUGUAGCUGGGAACUCCUUAGAGAAAAUUUAUUUUAGGAGACUUUAAAAUGCAAUAAUUUAGCUGUAUAUCCUCAGUUGGAUAUAGCUUAAUGACAAAAAGAACUGCAAAUAGAACUUAAAUAUUUAAGUUAUCAUCUUGGUGAUAAUAAUAUUUUUGUGGUUAUUCCAAAUCUAUUAUGUAUUUUAUGUACAAGUACUUAUAUACACAUACAUAGUAGGAUAAAGAAAAGAAGCAAAUACACCAAUAUUAUCAGGAACCAAGAUUUUCAACCUAAAAUAUUAGAUUUUUCUCUUAUGUCUAUGACAUAAAAGAAGAGAAAAACAUAGUGACCCCAGGAGUUCCUUAGCGGUGUAACAGGUUAAGGAUCUGGUAUUGUCACUGCUGUGGCUCAGGUCACUGCUGUGGUGUGGAUUUGAUUCCUGGCCCUAGGACUUCCAUAUGUUGCAGGAGUGGAAAAAAAAAAAAAAGAAAAGAUAAGGAAAGAAAGGAAAUAUACAAGAUGACCCUUGUCACACCAGAUUGAGAGAAAGGUACUGGGGUCAUGUUAAAAAUGACUCAGCAUUUGGAGUUCCUGUUGUGGCUCAGUGGCAAUGAGCCCAACUGGUAACCACGAGGCCACAGGUUUGACCCCUGGCCCCACUUGGUGGGUUAAUGAUCAUACAUUGUGCUUGCUGUGUAGGUCACAGACAUAGCUCGAAUCUGGUGUUGCUCUGGCUGUGGUGUAGGCCUGGCCUGGGAACUUCCAUAUGCUUCAGGUAUGGCCCUUAAAAAAAAAGACUCUGGAGCCAAUUUGAAGGGAAAGAUGGGAUGUUUUUAGCAUGAAUAAGGAUAAUAACUAUAACUGAUUGAAACAUCACAUAUGCAAAAAAUUUAUCAGUUCCUUAUGAUAAUUAAAAAAUAAACUCAUUGAUCAUUUUUGAAUGAUGCUAGGAACCCAUACAACUUUCUGAACACUGGUAAAUACUCAGUUUUUAUGCUACCAUUCUUAUACAAAUAUAUCUAAUAUUUUUAGAUAUUAGGACAGUUCUUUAUUACAAACUCCAGCUAAGAAAUUAAGAAAGGAUGGAAGAGAAUCAUUCAUUUGUAACACCUAACGAAAUAAUGGACCCAGGCAAUAACCAUCAACAGCUGCUAGAAACAUUGUGUGAAAAGCUGAUGGGGAAUCUAAGAAAGAUGAAUCAGGCUGAACAACACCCAAACCCACUGAUCAGUCCUAGUAUCAUAAAAAGAGAGACAAUCGAACAUUAUAUGACAGCCAAUGUAAUACAACAGGAAGUAACAAUUCGAUGUAUACUUGCCCAAAAUGAUGAACCUAACUAAAAUCCAUCAGGGUUCUGGAUCUAUCAGAAUCACUUUAAGAAGGAAUGCUACAGAGAUGCAGUCAGCAAAUCCCAGUUUGGGAAAAUUCAAAGGACAAAUGACCAGUUUUCUUCAUCAAAGUAAUUUCCAGGAGUUCCCGUCAUGGCACAGCAGAAACGAAUCCGACUAGGAACCACGAGGUUGUGGGUUCGAUCCCUGGCCUCGCUCAGUGGGUUAAGGAUCUGGCGUCGCCAUGAGCUGUGGUGUAAGUCGCAGACGAGCCUCGGAUCUGGCGCUGCUUGUGGCUCUGGAGUAGGCCAGCAGCUGUAGCUCCGACUGGACUCCAUAUGCCGUAGGUGCGGCCCUAAAAAGACAAAAAAAAAAAAAAAAGAAAAGAAAAAGAAAGAAAUUUCCAGAAGAAAAAGGGGGAGGGGUGUAGAAAGGGAAACCAUAGAUUAAAAGAAACUUAAAGGACAUAUCAACCAAAUGCAGGGGUGGACUUGUAUGCAUCCUGGUUUGAACAGAUUAAUUGUAAUCUAAUUUUUAAUACAUGAGACAGAAAUUUGAA